UUAUAACCUACAAUAUUAAAACGGAUUUUUUGACUAUUAUUAUGGCUUAUUAUUAGUUUUAAGUUUCAAUACUAUGUUAGGAUAAGUAUACAAGUCACAGUAUUUAAAGCUAUUAGUUUCAAAGCAUAAAUCAAUAAUAAAUAUGCAGCAGUUAUCAAAACUUCUUUUAACAAAAGUGUUACAACCAAAUAUUGUUAGUAAAUUAAAUACUAAUUCUGCCAACAAACCAUACAAACCAUUUAAAUUUAGUAUAACUGAAGCGAUAAAGCACAUAUUUCACGACCUGAACAAUUGGUAUGUUAACUUUAUAGGUUUGGCAGAAGUAAAAAAGUACCAAGACAGAGUGGUGCAAGUGCAGGCCCAAUUAUUAGAAACCCAAGAAAAGCGAAGGGAAAUUGGUAAACUACUUGCAGACAUACGAAUCAAAUCCACUCAACUGCAAGACGAAAUACAUAAACAUAAAAGAGAGGAUGAUUUAGACAAGUUCUUGGAAGUGAUGAGGGAAGAAACUGAGAUUUUGAGAAAAGAAAAAGAAGUUGCAAGGCAAUUUAACGAAUACGACAGAACAGAAAGGGACUUGUUCACCGUCUUCACAAAUGCUGUUAGGGAAUCCCACGAGAAGCAACGUUCUCAACUGGAAUACACCAAAUAUCUUGGACUGGUGCUAAGCAUAGUUGGUUCCUUCUUAACGUUUUGUUAUUCUUCAUUAAAGAAACAUGAACUUAAAAGUUUCAUUGACGAAAAGCUGAGUGGUUAUUCUAAUGUAGACACCACAAGGUUAUGUGCACAGUGCUUAAAAGUUGCUGAGAAGAAUCAUGAUCUAUUAAAGAAUUUUAUAAGUAUAAUUGGUGAAAUCAGUUUAGCUAUAAAGGAAGUGAUUCCUAAACGAGAAAGUUUGGUACCAAAUGUUGGUUCCCCACCAAAUUAUCAAGCGUUAGAGAAUAAUGUCAAAGUUGCAGAGAUAUUAACUAUUGGAGCAAUGGUUUUAAUUUUUAUUGGAGCUAUAGGCUGCUGUUGUGGUCGCUAAUGCCUGUUGCCAUUAUUAGUAUAAGAAUACGUAUUAAGCAUUUAUCGUGUAUAUUUAUUUAUUAAAUAUAAACACUCAGUAAAACAAAUUAUUAGUAAUAAUUUUGUGCUUUUA